AUUCAAGAAAAAGCCAAACAAUUAGCUACAAUGAUGAAACAAUCUAAACAUAUUGUAAUGUAUACAGGUGCAGGAAUUUCAACAAGUGCAAAGAUACCUGAUUAUCGUGGACCUAAAGGUGUUUGGACAUUGAGAGAAUUGAAUAGAGAAAAGGAAAUUCAAUAUUUUGAUAUUGAGCAAGCAUUGCCAGCAUUUGGACAUUAUGCAAUUACACAUUUGGUAAAGAAAGGAUAUGUAAAGUUUGUUGUUUCAACAAAUUUGGAUGGUUUACAUCGUAGAUCUGGAAUGGGAGCUGAUAAACUUGCAGAAUUGCAUGGUAACUCAUAUAAGGAAUCAUGCUUCAAGUGUGGAAAGGAAUAUUUGAGAGGUUUUGACACAUACAAGACUGUUAAAGAUUAUAGAACUCAUAUUACUGGUAGAAAGUGUUCAUGUGGAGGAGAUUUGAAAGAUACAAUUAUUCAUUUCGGUGAAAAUCUUCCAGAGAAGGAUUUGCUUCAAUCUGUAGCUCAUUCUAAAGCAGCUGAUCUUGCAAUUGUUUUGGGAACUUCAAUGAAAGUUUCUCCUGCAUGUAAUUUGCCAUUGAAAUGUCUUGAGAAGGGAGGAAAGAUGUGUAUUGUGAAUUUACAAAAGACAGAUUAUGACUCCAAGUCAGAAUUGAGAGUUUUUUCCAAAACAGACGAAUUUUUAAAACUUGUUCUUGAAUAUUUAGGUGAAUUAGAUAAUGUGGAUACUUCAUAUGAUGCUCUCUCCUCAAAUUGGAAUUAA